AUGGAAAAAUUGUUCGAGAAAUUUCUUGAGAUGCAAAUGGUGCGUGAUGAAGAGCUUCGUCAAUUUCAGCAGCAACAAGCGAACUUGAUUCGUCUUCUCAUAGAACGUCAACUUCCAGCGCCUGAUCAGAAUGGUGUGCUUUACAACGCUCAGAGCUCUGCGGAUCAGAAAGCGAAAAAUCUUGCCGAGUCCAUGGUUGCUUUCAACUACGAUCCGGAGAAUAAUCUGACAUUUGAAGCAUGGAUUGACCGUUAUGAGACAGUCUUUAACACAGACACUGCCGAUUGGCAGGAUUCAGCAAAAAUCCGACUGAUGUUGCAAAAGUUUGCCCAGCCGGACUACCAGCGCUUUGCUGACUCACUCCUGCCUCAGAACCCGACAGAUCUCACGAUGGAGGAGGCAAUCAAGCGAUUGAAGCGGAUGUUUGGCCAUCGCGAAACGAAGUUCUCUUUGCGUCACAAAUGUUUCGGCCUCAAAAAGGAGAGCUCUGAAGGAUACCUGCUGCUUUUCGUCAGCGGUCUCAAGGACUCGCUCAUCUUAGAGAAACUCCUCACAAAGGUUGACGCACAGCACAUUCAACUUGAGGCAGCAGCCGAUGAUGCUGCUCGAGCCCUUAUUCCAAAACUCAAGCUUGAUGAUCUGGUAAACAAAGCGGAACGGUUGACAAGUCUCAAACAAGAUAAAUCGGAAGUUUGUGAAACUGCGAAGUCAUCAAUUACCGGUGAAGUUUUGUCCGUCAAGAACUUUAGGAGAAGCAAAAAGAAGGCUUCAUCGCCCAACGACUCUAAGCCUGCUUCAAAGCCUCCAAGGCCAUGUUUUUGCUGCGGUGAAGACCAUUGGGCUCGCGAGUGCCCACACAAGGACAAGGUUUGCGACAGAUGCAAGAUUCUGGGUCACAAGACUGGAUUCUGCGCAGAGUACUUCAAGUACCAGUGCAAGAGGUUUAAUAAGAAAGCUGUCGAAGAGCUUCAAUCUAACGUCAAACAAGUAACAACAGCAACGGCAACGAAUCAGCGGAAGUUUGUUGCUCCUCGUAUCAAUGGCUCAAAAAUUCGACUCCAGCUGGACACGGCGUCAGAUUACACAUUCAUUUCAUAUGGAAACUGGUGCAAGCUCGGCAAACCUAAGCUCAACACCAGCGGAAUCAAUGGAAGCGCUUCCGGACAUCCGAUUGAGCUCUGGGGCUCGUUCAAGUAUGAAAUGCAUCUCAACAACAAGGUUGAGGACGGUGUCGUCCACGUGACUGCCCGGUUGAACCUGCUCGGAAUCGAUUGGAUCGGCAAGAUGGGUAUCUGGGAUGUUCCAAUCUCAACUGUGUGUAACAAGAUUUCGAUGGACACCUUGCCGAAUAGUCUCACCGCUGAGGUCGAAAGGAAGUUCCCCCAACUAUUCUCUGAUGGACUUGGCUUGUGUACAAAAACGAAAGUUUCACUGACAUUGAAGCCUAAUGCCAAGAAGAUUUUUCGCAAAGCUCGACCGGUCCCAUUUGCAGCAGCAGCUGCCAUCGAAGAAGAAAUUAAACGCCAGCAGCAUUUGGGAGUCUUUACUCCAAUCAGCUACUCGGAGUUUGCAGCACCAAUCGUCGCAGUCAAAAGGAAGAAUGGCAAAACACGAAUCUGUGGCAACUAUUCAACAGGUCUCAAUGACGUGCUCGAGCCGAAUAAGUCACCUUUUGCAACUCCGGAACAAAUUUUUGCAAGUCUGACGGGCAAGCGCAUAUUAAGCAAGAUUGAUCUUUCGGAUGCCUUCCUUCAGCUGGAACUCGAUGAUGAUGCCAAAAAGUUGCUAGUCGUCAAUACGCACGUUGGGUUAUUCCAAGUGAACCGCAUGCAGUCAGGAAUUAAGACUGCACCGUUUUCCAAGAACUAA